GACAGGCCUUAAUACCCGCUGGUACCUCACUCGCUCAGUAUAGGAGACGCGUCCAACAGUCGUAAUUUACUCUAAACAGCAGUUAUAGUUCGGAUUUGAAACAUGACGGACGGGGAAAAGGUUUUGCGAGUUCUUUUAGACAAGGUUCUUAAGGAACGACGCUAUGAACCGUCUGAGAUAAAAAUACAAGAAAUGUCAUCUGGUGGACGGAACUACACAUCUGCAUUGUUUUUGAUUUCAAUAUGUUUACCGGAGAAAGAGUUAAAAUUAUUCGCUAAAGUUGCUAAUAUUGGACAGGAACUAAGAGAGGUAAUGCAGGCUGACUGGUUGUAUGGCACAGAGAGAUUUGUAUACACCAGACUUAUGCAUCUUUACAACGAACUCCAAAAAGAUCUUAAGGACGAAUAUAGAUAUGUUUUCCCUGAAUUCUACGGAAUUAGCGAGGAGACAGGUAAAGAAACUGUCAUCAUGGAGAAUCUAGUGGCGAGUGGUUAUGAAGAGUACGAUCGUUUUAAGUCCUUGGACUGGGAUCACGGCCGCAUCGGUGUUGAGACCUUGGCAAAAUUUCACGCUUUGUCCUUUGCUCUAGAUAAAAGUGACCCUGAAACAUUCAGGAAAAUUACUGCUAAUAUGACUUUUCGGUUAGGCGGUGGAGAAGAAACCCAAUCUUCGAAGGAUAUGUGGAUGGAGAAUGAUUACAUUGAAAGAAUGCUAAGUGUUCUGGACGAAGAUGAUCGAGCUGCAGUCAAGAAGUUAAUUAUGAAUUAUACGUUGCCCAAAUUCAACAAACCCAUCGACAGAACAGUCAUAUCACACGGAGACUAUAGAUUAAGCAAUAUGUUGUUUAAAGGACAGGGCGAUGAGCUGAAGGUCCGAGUGGUAGAUUACCAGACUGUACAUGCUGGAUGUGCUGUGACAGAUCUCGUGUACUUCAUAUAUCUAAGCUCGGAUGAAGAGUUUCUCCGUCUUUAUUUUGACAAACUAGCAAAUCAUUACUAUGCAAGUCUCGAAGCAGCACUCAAGAGGUUGUCUGUGGAUCCCAUAGAAGUGUAUCCAAGAGAGCAAUUUGAAAGAGAUUUGAAAGAGAAGUUACCAUACGCGGUUAUGGCAGGUGUGCUACUCUUGCCAGUUAUUGUUGCGGAUGAAAACUCAGGGCCAAAACUUAACAAUGAUUUAGCUGAUGUUUCCACCUUCAUUUGGAAGACUAACGAUUUAUUUGCUGAGCGUUUACGAGGAAUUGUAAGUGAGUGUAUCAGAAGAGGAGUCUUAUAGAAUAAUUGAAAGGGUCCGAUGAACUUGAAUUAACAAAUAAAACACAUUUAUAACAGACUGUUCAAAGCAUUGAACAUAUAGAAAAUAAAGAGUGGCACAAAUCAAA